AUGCGCAAUGCCCAGCUCGCUCCACCUUUACGAACGAAAAAUAUGGAAGGCGCCGUAGACAUCCCCGCCCGUGUGAACGGAAGCAAUGAUUCGCUUCCAAAACCGCACAUUAAACCGGAUGAGUACGCCGCCAUGCACAAGCGUUCUCUCGAGCAAAGCGACGAAUUCUGGCGCGAAACGGCAAACAAGAUGCUCGCCUGGGACGUGCCUUUCAAAACCGUCCAGCACGGCUCGUUUGACGAGGGCAAUAUUGCCUAUUUCCUAGAGGGCCAUCUGAACGCAUCCUACAAUGCUGUAGAUCGCUGGGCCAUCCGCGAUCCCAACCAAAUCGCCAUCAUCUGGGAGGCGGACGAGCCCGGCGAGGAUACAAAGAUUACGUACGGCGAGCUCCUCCGUCGUGUCUGCCAAGUCGCAGGCACGCUGCGCUCACUUGGCGUCAAGAAGGGCGACCUGGUCAUUAUCUAUCUGCCGAUGAUCCCCGAGGCGGCCAUUGCGAUGCUUGCCUGUGCGCGCAUCGGCGCCGUGCAUUCGGUCGUCUUUGCCGGCUUCAGCGCCGACUCGCUGCGCGACCGAGUCCAGGACAGCAGCGCGCGCGUUGUAAUUACCUCGGACGAAGGCAAGCGUGGCGGACGUACAAUCGCGGCCAAGUCCAUUGUCGACGCAGCGCUGAAAGAGUGCCCCGGCGUAGAGCACGUCCUUGUGGUAAAGCGCACUGGCGCCGAAGAUGUGCCGUGGGUGUCUGGCCGCGAUAUGUGGCUAGAAGAGAAGAUGAAGGAGCAGCGUGCAUACAUCCCGCCGGUUUUAAUGAGCAGCGAGGAUCCCCUGUUUGUUCUCUACACGUCGGGCUCCACCGGAAGACCCAAAGGCAUUGUGCACACCACCGCCGGCUACAUUCUCUGUGCCGCACUCACGGUUAAGGACGUUUUCGAUGUGCACGCCGGCGACAAGUUUGGGUGCAUGGCGGAUAUCGGCUGGAUUACCGGCCACACGUACAUUGUCUACGGCCCCCUUGUGCUGGGGACUACAACAUUAAUAUUCGAGUCGACUCCCAUGUACCCCAAUCCUUCGCGCUACUGGGACGUGGUCGACAAGCAUGGGCUCACGCAGUUCUACACCGCGCCCACCUCGAUCCGCUUGCUGCGCCGUAUGGGCACCGAGCAUGUCGCAUCGUACAAGCUGGACACGUUGCGUGUGCUCGGCACGGUCGGCGAGCCCAUCAACCCAGAGGCAUGGCAGUGGUACAAUGACAAUGUCGGCCGCGGCCAGUGCGCGAUUGUAGACACGUAUUGGAUGACCGAGGGCGGUGCCCAUAUGAUCACCAGCUUGCCCGGCGCGAUUCGAGCCAAGCCAGGUUCGGCGACGGUCCCAUUCUGGGGUAUCGAGCCCGUGAUUCUUGACCCGCAUACGGGCAAGGAACUUCACGAUGCCGACGCAGAAGGUGCGCUUGUUAUCCGCAAGCCGUGGCCGUCCGUCGCGCGUACAAUCAUGCACGACCAGGCGCGAUUCAUGGAUACAUACAUGCGCGCGUACCCAGGCUACUUCUUCACCGGCGACAGCGCCGCGCGCGACAAGGAUGGCUACAUUUGGAUUAAAGGGCGUGUGGACGACGUGAUCAACGUGUCCGGCCACCGUCUCAGCACCGCGGAGAUCGAGUCUGCUUUGGGUGGGCAUCCCGGCGUGGCCGAAGCUGCGGUGGUCGGUGCGCCGGACGAGGUGACGGGCCAGUCGAUCACGGCAUUUCUCGCGCUUAAGCCGGACUAUGUUUACGAAAGUGGCGAGGCAUUGGUCAAGGAGCUCACGAUCCAAGUGCGCCGCGCGAUCGGUCCAUUUGCUACACCGAAACGCAUUAUCUGUGUCGAGGAUUUACCCAAGACGCGCAGCGGCAAGAUUGUGCGCCGCGUGCUGCGCAAGAUUGUGUGCAAUGAAGCUGACCAGCUGGGAGAUUUGUCGUCUGUGUCUGACCCCAGCAUCGUGGACCAUCUCAAGGUGUGUAAUGCGUGGAUGACUGACAUUUAG